CGGACCUGACAGAGUGACCGUACUCUUCGAAAAAUUCAAUUCUAGCAAUGUCGCAAAUCGUAUUGUUUCACACGAAGAUUCAACCAAUGUUUUUAUUGAGACCACAGCGGCGCGUAUGCAGGUUUCGAAAAAUAUCCCACGAGACGACUUUUGCGGCGUAAAUACAUUAGUAGAGGUGUUGAAAAAUAAAAAUAUUAAUGUCAAUUUUCAUGAUAUUCAAAUAUUACUAGGCGUAGAUUCUGCAAGUCAGCCUGUCUGGCUUGAGGCAGAAGAUCUAGCAGCCGUCGCAUCAUAUUACAAUAAAAAUUUAAUUGUACUUUCCCAAGAUAACAAUCGUUCGGACGUAAAUGUCAUCGCAUUCACAGAAUUCGAUCGAGAUAACGUGUUUGUUUUAUUUUCCCACUGUCAUUGGUAUCCAUUAGAAUACGUAAAAAAUUCUAGUGUUAAUUUUAAUAUUAAAACAAUUGUGCAUAUUAAUGACAAUAUUUCAGUUGCCGACAGUCGUAAAAUUCUGAACUACAGACAAAAAAAUUAUGAUUUUACCGAACACUUCAAACAAAACGAUGCGUCAACACGUACACUUUGAAAAUAUAAGACAAAAGACCCGCACGCUGUGGGUUUACCCUGUCUAAUGUAGGCGGGAGGUGUAAACGGCUGAUAGGAUAUGAUGAACGGCAUAGGGCCCCCUUCCCAUAAAAGGUUAAGAAUAUAAUAGAGGGAGCUCUCUUAUGACAGUAGAUAUUACAUGUAAUCUACAUGUGGGGUACAUAAGAAGGAUGGGUAUGAAAAAAUUAAUCAUUUUUAGAAAUUACUUAUUAAUUACAAUUUAAUAAGUAAUUAUAAGUUAAUAUAUUUAAGUGGUAAAAGAAUGGGUUAGUCUACGGGGAUAUGUGAUCUGUGUUUUGCUGUCCCCCCUAUGAAAAUAUGUGAUUUUUCCGCAUAAAUCAGCGUGAAAUCGUUGAUAAAGUCACAGUGUCAUCAAGAACCAUCAGCUCUAAGAAGAAGACUCUACUCUGUGAACAAUAUGGCUGCGGAACCUGUAAGAAAACAACGCUACAUUUAUAUCGCACCAACACCGCCAGCCGAGAUGAUUAACUCUAGCAGUUACACUAUUGCGUUCAGCGACAGAAAAUUUUUGCAAGAAGGCCUGAAUCCAAAAGAUGACUUCAAUGAUACGGUAUGCAUUAUUACUCCGUCACGAUAUAUUAGUAUGUUAGCAGACUUUUUAAAUAUUAUUUAUGGCAUGAUGGAUGAAAAACAUUAUUUCUACAAUCAUCUCCGGUAAAAGGAGAGAACAUUGUGUUAUACCAAAAUGUCGAUUUUAAUAUAACCAAAGUAUUGUACCGUGAUACCAUGCAUAUAGUAUUAGAAUCCAGGAUGGUCGAUGGGUGUCGAGUGUUAUUGAAUAACGAAAACAUUAAUAGACUUAUGGACAUACAGUGUACUAUUAACAGUACAAUAUCAAGAAAAAUAAAAACACGUUUACUAUUAAGCCAUCAAAUACACCGCAUCAUACAAUACGCUGUCGGUAAAUGGUCGGGCCCUAAAAUUCAACAAUCAAACAAUGAUGAAAUGAUUAAUUUUAUAAGAAGUUUGAACGAUAAAGAAAUAUGCGAUACUAUUCCUAAAGGUGACAGUAAUUGCAAAAGCGAGCUGAAGAAUUUAGCCUACAUUGUAAUAGUUGAUCGUUGGGUCAAGUCAUGGUCCGAGGGUACGCUUCAAAUUAAUGAAAAAGAAGUAAUGUAUGACGAAAAUGACGGUCCGGCAUUUUUCGAUACAACAGUGUUUACCCGAGAAAAUAGUUAUAGUCCAUGGGCUUCACAAUGGCCGAAACCCAAUCACGUCAGAAAAUUAACUUAUAUUAAUAAUUUAUAAACAAUAACUUUAUAUAUUGUACUAGU